UCUUCCUCUAGGGCAAUGCUCCUCUCCGUUUCGGGAUCUCCCUUGAAGCCCUCCGAGCUCCCUCUCUUCGAUGUCCGCGUUGUGUUUCUCCUCCCGUCUUGCAUUGCCUUCUCAGCUUCAAUUGCAACUGGUGCUGAAUCUCCCUCUUAUACUUUCGAUUGGUUUCAAUUUCAACCAUCGAUUGACGCCUGUGCUGGCGGUAUGAUCGACUUCUGAUCGAACAAGGAGCCGUUGCCCAAACGUGGAUAUACUCGUCGAUGCUUGCUCACGAGGCCAGGGCAGAGCUUGGAGAAGAAGAUGAAGUGUGGACGGGAACGAACUAAGUGAAGUGUUGGUUUAUCAGUCGGAUUGACGAGAGCAGGAGGUUGUUAAGCUUUGGAAGGGAAUAACAUUUUGCAAUCAAAAUGUCGGGGGCUACGUGGGAAGUGGCUGAGAGCUGUGUGGACAGCUUGAAUAUGGAGCUUGUGGCGACUUAUUAUAAGCGCUUGCACCCUACGAAACCCGAACUGGCAGCUCGAAGAAUUGAGGCUAUAGGCUAUCAGGUUGGGCUUCAGCUUGCGGAGAGGUACACGAGGGAUCGACCACGAUUUAGCGAUCAUCUAGAAAGUAUCAAAUUCAUUUGUAAGGAUUUCUGGGCGGAGGUGUUUAAAAAGCAAGUCGACAAUCUGAAGACAAAUCAUAAAGGUGUGUUUGUAUUGCAGGACAACCGUUUCAGAUGGCUUACUCGUAUUUCAGUAGACGCUCUUCCCCUUGCUGGAGCUCAAAAUGAGUCAGCUGUAGCAGCAAAUGCUGUGCGUGCAUCACAAGCCGCAGGGCAAUACUUGUACUUCCCUUGCGGUCUUAUCCGCGGUGCUUUGACAAAUCUUGGAGUGCCAUGUGGGGUUUCUGCUGAAGUGACUACAUUACCAGCAUGUGCUUUUGUGGUUAGGAUUAAGGUGUAAUAAGCUUCGGCUACUCACGCACCAGGAAGCUGCAGUGGAAUGCAACCGUUCAUCAAUAUCUUGCUACUGUUUCUUGGAUAAUUCGAAUGAUGGUUGUGUUGAAACGAAUCCAAGGUUGCACACUGAAGUCCCUUCAGCUCUGAUUUUGUGCUGCUUGUUUCGUGCAAGUACAGUCUUAGGUUUUGAAAAAUAAUCCAUAUUAUUCUCAUCAGAAAAAGUUAUUUCGUGAUGUCCGUUGAGUGGCCCUUGUUUUUUUUGUCUACCAGUCUUAUACAUAUCUUAAUUUGAAGCAUGAAGGUGGAGAGUCAUUUCAUCUACCUAGCUUUGGUAAAGACCGGUACUUUUGAAUUUUUGUGUACCUUCAUUUGCCAGCGACGUGUGACGUGUGAUAGUCAGUGGGCCAUUCCUAAAGUAAAUUUUGGUCAGGAAAGGUGACCGUGUGACCAAAACAAUUCAUUAGCAGCUGGAUGUGCUGAGUAUCACAGAGGCAUGAAAGCAAGAAACAUAAGUUGUAAUGUUUUACCGCUCAUUCUGUAGACUGGUGACACAAGAAUAAUCAGAGUUGGCAGCAACAAGGACAUUCACAGACCUUUUCACAACGA